AUGGUGGUGGAACUACAGAUCAUGAAAUAUCACAGUUUCAGAGGGGUCAAAAUUGCAGGUUUCCAUGUUCUCAAAGGAAUGAAUACUUUUGAUGGGAGAUGGUGGCAGGAAAGUAGGAAAGUGGUGCUUAAGGGGAAAAGCUCUGGCAAAAGAGGGAAAGGGGGAGAAGCUUCUGAGAGUGAAGAUGCAGAUAAGAAGGCUUAGGGUACCAAAGGUGGUGGAAAUGCAGUAAAAGUCCAACAUAUUCUAUGUGAAAAGCAUGGCAAAAUCAUGGAAGCCAUGGAAAAACAGAAGGCUGGAAUGAGAUUCAAUGAAGUUACCUCAGAAUACAGUGAAGAUAAAGCCCAGCUUGGGGGAAAUUUGGAAUGGAUGACAAGGAGCUCUAUGGUAGGUCCAUUCCAAGGAGUAACAUUUUCCUUGCCUGUCAGAAGCUUGAACAAACCUGUGUACACAGAUCCUCCAGUGAAAACCAAAUCUGGAUACCCUAUUAUCAUGGUUAAAGGGAGAAAAUAA